AUGAUGCCGCAAACAGUAUGUUGUCCAGAUGGUAAAGAAGAUUGGAUUUUUGGUGAAACGCAUUGCUAUCAUUUAGUUACUUACAUAUCAAUGUUCAAUUCAGACUUUGAGGAAAAAGACUAUAUUGCUUCAUCACUUGUGAUUAAUGGUUUUAAUUAA